CUUCUAUAAAACGGAUUCGACCAGCCGAUUGACAAAACCCUCCCGGACGAGAAGGUAGGGUUUUUGGCCCAGAGGUGGUGGAGAGAGUGGAGGCGACCGGAAGAUUUGAUCCAUGGCUUUUGCCAAUAAAAUCGGAAGUCUUCUCAAGCAUGUUGUGUCCUCCAAGCCUUCUAUAUAUCAGGCAGUACGGUUGAUGUCUUCAUCGAAACUCUUUGUUGGAGGGCUAUCUUACAGCACGGAUGAUCAGAGUUUAAGGGAAGUAUUCUCGGGCUAUGGUGAAGUUCUUGAGGCUAGGGUUAUCAUUGAUCGGGAAACUGGGAGGUCAAGGGGUUUUGGUUUUAUAACCUUUUCAUCUGGCGAAGAGGCUUCUGCUGCAGUAACUGCCAUGGAUGGGAAGGAUCUCCAUGGACGCAUGGUGAGGGUUAAUUAUGCUACUGAUCGCCGAUCUGGCUUUGGCGGCGGCGGCUAUGGAGGUGGCGGCUAUGGUGGUGGAGGUUAUGGCGGUGGUGGUUAUGGUGGCGGUGGCGCCGGCUUCGGCGGUGGUGAUGGUGCCGGUUAUGGUGGAGGUGGUGGCUAUGGUGGUGGUGGAAAUUAUGACAGUGGAGGCUACGGCGGUGGUGAUGGUGCUGGUUAUGGUGGAGGCGGUGGCUAUGGUGGUGCGAGCGGUGGUGGCAAUUAUGUGGCUGGAGGAGUCGGUGGGAGUGAAAGCUAUGCAAGUGGAGCCUUGGGACAAAACCAGGGAAGCAGUUCCGGCGGCUUUGGUGGCGGUUCUGAGCAAUUCAAUUUCAACCUGAACAAAAUCAAUCAGUAUGGCAGCACUGAAGAAAAUCUGGAUCAUAAUACCUUGAAGGAUGAUUUUGAUUUGCCUGAUGAUUAUGCAAAUAAGAGAGCUUAAGAGGGUAAUUAUAAAAUCUCAUUUGUCAAUUUGGAUACAGUUUGAGAAAACUAGACCUAAUUGUGUUUUUUUUUGGAUUUGUGAUAAUUUGAAAGCAUGUAUUUAUUUAUUUUAUGAACACAUCUGUGAUUUGUAGUUUAGUAGUUUGGAACUGCUUUUUUACUGCUUUUUGAAGCACAAAUGAAGCCUUAUUGUCUUUUAUUA